AUGGGUGCACAUCGCUGCUCCUUUGCUGUGGAAAGGAGAGUUGAAGAGAACGGGGACAGCCACCUCCAGGGUGUAUCUGAACUAAAAGAGUUCUGGGGAGAGCCCACAAACAGAGACGGGGAGUACACUUUGAGAGGCUGCAGCAGCAAAGCCAUCAACAGCAAGCAAAGCGGGGAAGAGAAGCAACUGUGGUACAGCAAAGAGAACCCUGCACCGGCUGAGGAGCAGCUGAUGCGCUGGUACUGCCUGAACACCAACACGCACGGCUGCCGCCGCAUCGUGGUGUCGCGCGGCCGCCUGCGCCGCCUGCUCUGGAUCGCGCUGACGCUCAGCGCCGUGGCGCUCAUCCUGUGGCAGUGCGCCGAGCUGGUGCUGGGCUACUACAGCGCCUCCGUGUCCGUCACCGUGCGCUUCCAGAAGCUGCGCUUCCCCGCCGUCACCAUCUGCAACAUCAACCCCUACAAGUACAGCGUGAUAAAAGAGUACCUGUCUGAGCUGGACAAAGAGACCAGAAGCGCACUGGAGUCUUUAUACGGGUUUUCAGAAGGCAAACCCAAGGUCCGCCGGGAUGCAGAGGACCGAAAUGUGACAGCGUAUCAAUACCUUGAGAAAGUCCCGCUGCUCCGGUUCGAGGACCUCACUAGGAAAGAAGCCACCGACCUUCACAGUGGGCACAAGCGGAAAAUCGAGUCCAACAUCUUCCACAAAGGGUCCACAAAUAUUGGGGAUCCACAAAACAUGAUCGGCUUUCAGCUGUGUGACCCAAACAACAGCAGCGACUGUGCAGUUUACACAUUCAGUUCUGGUGUCAACGCUAUUCAAGAAUGGUACAAACUGCAUUAUAUGAACAUCAUGGCACAAAUUCCCCUGGAGAGGAAGGUGAAUAUGGGCUAUUCAGCUGAUGACCUCCUGCUGACAUGUUUCUUUGACGGCCUAUCUUGUGACACAAGAAACUUCACUCCGUUCUAUCACCCGCUGCACGGCAACUGCUACACCUUCAACAGUGGAGAGAAUGGGACGAUCCUGAGCACCUCCACUGGAGGCAGCGAGUACGGAUUACAGGUUGUCCUUUACAUAGAGGAAGCAGACUACAAUCCCUUCUUGGUGACAUCAACUGGGGCCAAGAUCAUCAUCCACGACCAAAAUGAAUAUCCCUUCAUUGAAGAUAUCGGCACAGAGAUCGAGACGGCGACUGCCACCUCCAUAGGGAUGCAUUUUACACAGUCUCGCAAGCUCAGUGAACCAUACAGCGACUGCACAGAGACUGGCGCGGAUAUAAAUGUGGAAAACCUCUACAACAAGACCUACUCUCUCCAGAUUUGCCUUCACUCCUGCUUCCAGAAGGCCAUGGUGGAUCACUGCGGCUGUGCCCAGUAUGCCCAGCCCUUGCCUGCUGGGGCCGAGUACUGCAACUACAAGAAACAUCCCAGCUGGAUGUACUGCUACUAUAAGUUGCACGAGAAGUUUGUGAAGGAGCAGUUGGACUGUCAGCAGAAGUGCAAAGAAGCCUGCAGCUUUAAGGAGUGGGCGCUCACCACCAGCAUAGCCCAGUGGCCAUCCACCGCUUCAGAGGACUGGAUGCUCCGGGUCCUCUCUUGGGACAAAGGGCAGAAAAUCAACAAGAUGUUAAAGAAAACGGACCUCGCAAACCUGAUGGUGUUUUACAAAGACCUGAACAAGAGAUUCAUUUCUGAGAAUCCUGCCAACAGCAUUGUCAUUCUGCUUUCCAACUUCGGGGGCCAGCUGGGCCUGUGGAUGAGCUGCUCCGUGGUGUGUGUCAUUGAGAUUGUCGAGGUUUUCUUCAUUGACUCUCUCUCCAUCAUCAUGCGGCGCCGCUGGCAGAAGACAAAGAAAUGGUGGAAUUCCCGAAAGGCCAAGCAGAGCCAGGCGCCUGCCCCGGGGACCGGUCCAGGCAAGCAAGGCCACGACAACCCUGCGUGCAUCGACGAGGACUUGCCCACCUUUAACACUGCCCUUCGCUUGCCACUGCCCCAGGAAAAUCACUUGCCCAGGACUCCCCCACCCAACUACAGCACUUUACGGCUAGACACCACAUUUACAGAACAGCUGCCUGACACACUAGAGACCGAGAGCCGCUGAGGCAGUAUUGAUCUCCUCGUGUCGGUGCCAAAGACAGUGGGCGUGUGCCCCAGGAGCCACGGGCAUGCAUCUGGGGGUUUGCCCUUGGGGGCGGAUGGUGUUUGGACUCCAAAGUGGGAGAUUUGGAGCUUUCUGGUAAAAGCAUCCCUGAGCAAGCACCAGGCACGAGGGCUUGGCCGGAGGGCACGGCAGGCCUGGCAUCUCCAGCAGCAAAGAGCUUGUGUUUUCACGAAGACAAUGACAAACAUUGCGGACAAGCUGCACAUCGGUCACCCAUCUGGUGCUAAUGCUGUGACUGCUCGCGGCUCCGCAUCGGCAUCCCGGUGCACGGGCCAGGCCAGGCCUUAGGGGAGGCCAGAGUCCGUUGCUGGGAGAGAGGGAGGGUUGGGAGGAGAGUGACAUCCACCCAGAUGCCCCGUGCUGCGAGGGGAAAGGAAAACGUGGCGUUAAUCUGUAACCCCUUCCACUCAAGGCCUUACUGGCAGCGUGGCUCCUGGUCCAGGGUGGAGAACUUUAAAGCCAAAAGAACCACUCCCAGAGCCAGUUAUUACCCCACUGGGAUAAGGGAGCUGAAGUCAGUCCCAAAACGGUCCUUUCCAGUGUCCGAAAGCAAAGGCAGAACAACGAGUCUUGUCUCUACAAGGGGAGGCCUGUCUUCACACAGCCCAGCCAGCUGCUCCUGUACCCACAGGAUCUCAUGUGAGCUGUGCAGGCGCUGGGAACCCUUGGAGCCCCCUUCUCACAGUCAUUUCAGUCAUGGCCCAAGACCCCUGGCCUGAGACCGCCAUUCAAAUAUCGCCCCAGCGCUAGCGCGGUCUAUUCCAACACCCAGAGCGUGGCACGUCGCCAGGGCUGGGAGGGAGAAGAAAUCCCCUCCCCCAGGGCAGUGGUAACAAAUCCCCCGUCCCCGUCCCCGUCCCCAUCCCCAGCAGUUAGUACAGCCACUGCUCUGACAUCCCUGCAGCCAGGUGUGACGGGAAGAGCAGACAGAAGAUGCACUGAUCCUAGUAUCCUCUGUUCCCAAAUUCCAGCUGUGGCCCCCCCACUGCAGAAAGGAAGUGGACACAUUGGAGAGAGUCCAGCCGAGGGCAAUGACAGUGGUUUGGGGCUGGGGGACAGGACUGGUGAGGAAAGGCUGAGGGAA